AUGGCGUUUGACAUCGAGGAUGCAGUCGCUGCUCGUCUCGAUGACUGGAGACACAGCGAUCAGCUUGAAAGUCUGGUGGUCGCGGAAGCACCUCAGCGUGAAGCUAAACGCCUUCGUACGAAAGCAACCGUCGGAAGCCCCACCAGGGCCAACGAGCUGCAACCGCACGCGCGCACUGGACGCGAACCAAAGCACUCGAGUUCACCAUCAGGGAACGCUACGGCAAUGGGUCUAGGGUCCGACAAACACACUCGAGCGGGGCUGCCCAAGCCAGCGGUUUGUAAUCGCGGAGCGCUUUCCACGCAGGGAAGAUUCGACAAACGCGCCGCCAAGGACAGAUCCGCGAGCUCGCCAAAGUGUUCACCUGAAAUCAGCAUUUGGAGCACCAGUCAAACGAUAAAAUGCGAGCAAGAGUCAUAUGGAGUACCUGGGCGGCGAGCAGCGCGCGCUGGAACGCACCGCGCUGCGUCUCGGCAGGAGACCGCACGAACCUACGACUCUAUCGCCGAGCUGCUCGCUGAGACUCGAAAAGACAUUGGUGAACUGGUGAAGCAUGGCCGUCACAGCCGUAAACGAAUCGAUUGGUUUGCGUAUCGUGGACCGAUGAUCCCUCGGAAGAUUCUUUGCGGCCUGAGAGCCAAACAGAAAGAGCGAGAACGGAGAGCGAAAGCGCUGGCACGAGCCGCUGGGCUCGGGGGGACACGUCAUCGGAGUCGCAGAAAAUCAUGA